AUGGGCGACAUAAAAGCAUUCUCGGGGGUUGCGCCACCUGCGCCUACUCCCUUUACCUCACCAGACUCGCUGGCCACCUUCAAGUUCCCUUUGAAGGCAUAUCUACAAGAACACCCAGAGUUUAACUCGAUAGCUGUCGCUGCCGUCGUCUUCAACGAUGACGGAAAAUUACUCAUUGUGCAGAGAGCAGCACAUGACUCGUUCCCGAUGCUGUGGGAGAUACCGGGAGGGGCUUGUGACUACGAAGACGAGUCUCUGCUGCAUGCCGUGGCACGCGAGCUAUGGGAGGAGAGUGGACUACGCGCCAAGUCCAUUAUUACCCUCGUCGGCAAAGGUCUUCCUAUUCCCUACCGGGGUAACCGAUGCAUGUGUAAAUACUCCUUUUUGGCCGAAGUGGAACAGCAUGAUGUCAAGUUGGAUCCCAAUGAGCAUCAGGCAUUCUUAUGGGUCACCGAGGAAGAGGCUAGGGCUGGCAAAUGUGGUGAUGUUGAAUUUAAGUACACGACUAAGGAGCAACAACUUACAGUUUGCGAGGCUUUCAAGUUGAGGAACGAUGGACAGGCUCAAGAGAAUUAG